ACUACUUGCUUAUGAACAUCCGUUAUGGACAACAAAAUGGUCGUGUAGUUUUGACGACAAAGAAACGUAAGUUUGUAAGUUUAUAAGUCUUUUCGUUAUAACUGUUUUAAACGUAAAGUCCAAGUUUCUUGGAACAAAAUGACUGCAAUACCUGGUACUGUGGCCUUUGAUGAAUACGGUCGGCCUUUUAUUAUUCUUCGUAACCAGGAAAAGCAAAAACGCCUAACCGGUAUUGAUGCCAUCAAGUCACAUAUUUUAGCAGCUCGUGAUGUAGCCAAUAUUUUGAAAACUUCAUUAGGUCCUAAGGGCCUUGAUAAACUAAUGGUUAGUUCUGAUGGUGAUGUUACUGUAACAAAUGAUGGAGCAACAAUUUUAAAAAAUAUGGAUGUGGAUCAUGAAAUUGCAAAAUUAAUGGUUCAAUUGUCUCAAUCCCAAGAUGAUGAGAUUGGAGAUGGUACUACUGGUGUAGUUGUAUUAGCGGGUGCUCUCUUAGAACAAGCAGAGCAACUGCUAGAUAAAGGAAUUCAUCCAAUUAGAAUAGCAGAUGGUUUUGAAAUGGCAGCAAAAUGUGCAACGGAUCAUUUAAAAAUGAUUGUACAUGAUUUUGAAGGUAGUCCAGACAAUCUGGAACCUUACAUAAAAAUUGCAAUGACCAGUCUUGGUUCCAAAAUCAUCAACAAAUGUCACAGACAAAUGGCAGAAAUAGCUGUAAAUGCUGUAUUUGCAGUUUUAGAUCCUGUUGCACGUGAUGUAAAUUUUGAAUUAAUAAAAAUAGAAGGAAAAGUUGGAGGCAGAUUGGAAGAUACAGUCCUUGUUCGUGGUGUUGUCAUUGAUAAAGAUUUCAGCCAUCCUCAAAUGCCUAAGAGGUUGGAAAAUGUUAAAUUAGCUAUUUUAACAUGCCCAUUUGAACCUCCCAAACCAAAAACUAAGCAUAAGUUGGAUGUCACUUCAGUUGAUGAUUAUAGAGCAUUACGUGAAUAUGAACAAGAAAAAUUUAUUGAAAUGGUGAAAAGGGUUAAAAAUGCUGGUGCAACACUUGCCAUUUGUCAGUGGGGAUUUGAUGAUGAAGCUAAUCAUCUUCUUCUUCAGAAUGAAUUACCUGCUGUUAGAUGGGUUGGUGGCCCAGAAAUCGAAUUAAUAGCUAUCGCUACGGGUGGACGUAUUGUUCCUCGCUUUGAAGAAUUGACACCAGAGAAACUUGGUCAUGCAGGCGUCGUUAGAGAAUUAACAUUUGGUACUACUAAAGAUCGAAUGCUUGUUAUUGAAGAAUGUAAAAAUUCUCGAGCAGUUACCAUAUUUAUCCGUGGUGGAAAUAAAAUGAUUAUUGAAGAAGCAAAACGAGCUAUUCAUGAUGCAUUGUGUACGGUUCGUAAUGUAAUUAAAAAUCAGAAAAUUUUAUACGGAGGAGGUGCUGCCGAAAUUUCUUGUGCUUUGGCAUGCGCAGAUAAAGCUAAUAAAAUCAGUACUUUGGAACAAUAUGCAUUCCGUGCAUUUGCCGAAGCUUUAGAUGCUGUGCCUAUGGCACUUGCUGAAAAUUCUGGCCUUUCACCUGUAAAUACUUUAGCUGAUAUUAAAGCAGCACAAAUAGCUGAAAGCAAUUCUGCUUUUGGUGUAGAUUGCUUAAAUCGCGGCACUUAUGAUAUGCGAGCACAAAAUGUUAUCGAAACAUUGACGAGUAAAACACAACAGAUUUUAUUAGCUACACAAUUGGUCAAGAUGAUUCUUAAAAUUGAUGACAUACGUUCACCUAGUGAUGCCGGCGAUGCUGCCUAAAGAAAUUGCAUAUUUUUUAUUCCAAUAUUAUUGGAUUUUUCAAUAUUUCACCUUCCUUGCUUCUUCCAAGCUUCAUUCACAUUUCUAAUUGAUGUAUUAAAUUUAAUUAACAUUUUAUCGUCGGUAUAAAAAUGAAAAAUAUUUAUGUAACAGCAUUGUGAUACGAAAUAAAUAAUUUUACUUUCGUCAAAA